AUGGUCUCCAGGAAGGUGGUGGCUGCUUUGCUCGUGCUGCACGUGGUGGCUGUGCUGGCUGGACACGCCGAAGGUUUCCUGCCCUUCUUCACCCAGAGCGACUUCCAGAAAAUGCAGGAGAAGGAGAGGAACAAGGGGCAGAAGAAAUCCCUGACCUCGCUGCAGCAUCUGGAAGAGCAAAGCUCCCCUUAGCAACCCAGAACAGAAGACGUCGGCAAGGUCAGGACC